UUGGAGGUAUCUUGCAGCUCGAGCGCUUCGGCCACACUAGAAUUGCAGUUGUUGGUGUGAACGUGUGAACGCGAUUCGGAAAAUACGGAUUACACGGAUAAUACGAAUUAAACGGAUAUUGCGGAAGUUGUACGGAGACGCGACUGGAAGAAAGCCGUGAAAUGUGUUCAGUUGCGCGCAGCAGCCAUUAGCCCAUCAACAGUGUUUGUUACAAGACAACAGUGAUACAACGUGCCUGGAAUCGCAGCCAACGCAGAGCAAGAAAAGCAGAAGAGCAUUAAAGCGGAAGAAGCAGCAGCGGAAUAAUCAACAAAGGCGGCAAACAUGGCGACUGAAAUCGACGAUUUGAUUGAAAAGCUGAAGACGACCAGCGUCACUCCGGCGAACACGACCAACUUGCUCUGCGAGAUCUCGGCGACGAAGGACCCCAAACUUUUCGACAAGCACGAGCUGGCGGAGUGCUUCCUGGGCCUGACCAAGUGCGAAGACACAAACGUGCGCAAGGAGGCGGCCAAGUGCAUUGCGGAGAUCACCAAGUCCGAGGUGCAGCGCAAGAAGUUCACCAAGAGGAACAUAAUAGCCGCAUUUCUGGAGUGCUUGCGCCAAGUGCCCACGUCCGACGGCAGUAUGGAGCUGCCCAUACAGAUUUGUCGGGCUCUGGGCAACAUCUGCUACCUAAACGACGAGGCCAGGGACUUAAUUCUCGAGCUGGAGGGCGAUGCUGUUCUACUGCGACUCCUGGACAUCACAACCAUCGAGGACGUGGCCAAUGCGGCGCAGUUCAUCAAAGUGCGCGGCGGCUUGCUGUCCAACUAUCUGCUCGGAGGCGAGGGCUUGGCCAAGCGGGCCAUGGAGCUGGGCGUGAUGAAGAAGCUGCAAGCCAUCAUCGACAUUGGCGCCUCCAAUGUGGAACAGCACGAGGAUCUGUUGCUGAAUACGCUUCCACUGCUUAGUAUACUCACAGAGAACGUGGCGGAUCUGAACUUCGACUCCUCCCUGAAUAUCCAGCUGUCUCGCAUUCUGGCCGCUUCCACGAAUCCCGAUCUCGCCGAGAUGUGCCUGGAGCUGCUCCAUUACCAGGCGGAGAGCGACGAAGUCAAGCUUAUUUUGGCCAAGGACGGUCUGUGCGAAACCAUCUACAACCUGCUGGAAAAGUACAAGACUCUGGCCAGCACAAGUGAGGCCAGGGCGCUGAUGAAGCUUGCCUGCGAACUCAUCGUAUUAAUCCUUACUGGUGACGAAUCAAUGCACUAUUUGUACACCACGCCCCUGCUGAAGAACAUGGUCGAUUGGCUGGACUCGACGGACACCGAUCUGCUAACCACCGGCGUGCUGGCCCUGGGCAACUUUGCGCGCACCGAUAGCCACUGCAUCUACUUUGUGGAGCAGCAGACCAUGAACAAGCUGCUCGAGGUUCUGGCCAAGAACAACGGCGUCAAGGACGAUGUGCGCCUGCAGCACGCUCUUCUCUCCGCGCUGCGCAACCUGGUCAUCCCGAAGCCAAACAAGAACGCGGUAAUCCAGGCGGGCCUGGUGCAGACCAUUCUUCCCAUGCUCGAAAUACACCAGCCACCAGUCGUCUUCAAGCUGCUGGGCACGCUUCGCAUGACCGUCGACGGACAGGAGAAACUCGCACUGGAGCUGCUGAAGAACAAGACUCUGAUCGAGCAGCUGGUGCACUGGAGCAAAUCGUCGGACUAUGCUGGCGUCACCGGCGAGUCUCUGCGCCUCAUGGCCUGGCUGAUCAAGCACGCCUACCUCAGCAAAAUCGCAUACGCACUGCCGCGCAAGGGCGAUGCACCCGCCGAACAGAUUGCCGACAAGAUCCCGCUUACGCAGGACUACGAUCGCAGUAGCUUGAGCGAGUUCCUUGCCAACGAGGGGACCGUGGAGGCUAUGGUCAGCAUGCUCACAGCUCAGCACCUGGUCAUGCAGAACGAGGCGCUGAUUGCCCUGUGCAUCCUGUCCGUGGUGUACCUGUCGCAGCCGAGCGAGGCGGCGCAGGCCCAGCGGCUGCAGGACGAGCUGGUCAAGUGCGAGGUCGGCAAGAAGCUGGCCGAACUCAUCAGCAAGUCGUCGGACACGAUGACCAAGGAAAUUGUCGAGAACCUGCAGAACUGCGUGAACUUGCUCAAGUCUUCCGAGCAGCUGGUGGCGCAUCUGGAACAGCAUAACAUCAACGAGCUGCUGAAGUCUAUACCCAUUCUCACCGAAUACUGCACCUUGUAAGGAAACGGGGGCUGUCAUUGCAUUUAUCCCAGCACCGCAGGAUGCCUCACAGUAGGAUGGGUCGAUUUGCACGAUUGAACAGAACACAAAUACGUUAGGGGUAAGCAGUUAUCUUUGGAAGUUAUCUGUGUGGCUUAUCUUACCAAGAGAAACGCCAGUACUUAUAAGAAACGAUGCAAAGAUUAAUACGUUGGGCUAAUGUGCUAAAUUCCCCUUUACUACUUAAUAACAAUUUUGUUAAAUUGUAAUUAAAUCCACUCUCUUGAGAUUCACUGACGUUGCAUGAUUCCAAAUAGCCAAAGAUAAAUGUUUGCCACUAUUAGAGCAUGUUUUUGAAAAAUCAGCCCACCCUUAGCCACACAGACACACUCAGAACCGGAGAAAAUAGUAGUUUUCACCCCAAAGCAACGAUUCAGAUGUAGACUUGACUUUAGUUUCGUAAGAAGAAAGUGCAGAUUCACAAGUUAAGCAGUUAAGCAGUUAAGCACACUGGAACACGCGAACACGAGAGGAGCAGAAUGUAUUUUUUAGACGCAAGCGUAUUUUGACUGCAUUUAUGAGGAGGAUCCGAUGUAGUGAGGAGGAGUCACAAAUCGUAUGAAUAUUUAUAGCAUACAUAACAUAUACGUAUAAAUAUAAUAAUAUUAAUAAUUUAGCAUAUUAAUCUUUUCUGUUACAUGAUUUUUAAGAGCACAAUAACAACAAAUCGUGGUGAUAUCGCUAAAUAUAUUUAAUAAAUGUAUUUUAUGAUUGUA